AUGGAUUCGAGCACACCUCCUAAUACUCUGUCAUAUUUCCCCUCAAUUGGCGCGUUUAUCGAUAACGGAGCUCUUCAGAUUGUGGAAGUUCUUACGACUUGGGUCGGAUAUUCUGGUGUCGUCUAUCGGGCAGUCGAUACCCGCACCCGGCAUCCUUCGGGUCAAAAGAAAUAUUUUUCUGUGAGAUGUCUUUGUAUCUCUGUCUUCCCGAACACGGCAAAACGUCAAAAGGAGAUAUACUUACGAGGAGUUAUGUUGCACCGUCUUGCAUCAGCGCAUCCAGGAAUCAUCGAUAUUCAUCAUGUGUUCGAGCAGGAUAACCGUUUAUACAUUAUCACAAACCAUGCGCCAAACGGCAAUCUGGCCACUCAGAUCUUUGAAAAAGGUCGCUACAUUGGAAGAAAUGCCGAUAUAAAGAGUGUUUAUCUCCAGUUACUGGAAGCAGUCGAUUAUUGUCACUCCAUCAGAAUUGCACAUAUGCAUUUAACGCCACGAAACAUAGUUUGCUUUCAGGAUGGUCUUCGCGUUUCGAUUACCAACUUUGGCCUUGCAACCACUGAGCGGUUUAGUGAAAAUUUUCGCCAGGGAAGCGUUCGUUAUAUGAGCCCCGAGUGUCAUGGCGCGCAGUUUACCCAUACCGGAAAAUAUUCUCCAAAGUUCAACGACAUUUGGUCGCUUGGGAUUAUUAUGUUGAACAUGAUAACUGGACGCAAUUGCUGGAUGGUAGCCACACCGGAUGACCCCUUCUUCCGAGAUUAUUCGAACAGUCCUUUUGAUAUCUUGCCAGUAAUAUAUCCCAUUUCUUCUGAAACGAACAACAUCCUCUCUCGCAUGCUCCAUCCCAGCUGGUACCAGCGAAGCACACUACAUGAGGUCCGCAUGGCCGUUGAAAACGUUACCAACUUCUACUCGGAGGAUGCCUUUUUUUCAGGAGGCAUGGCAUGCUUCCGUCGUCAGGAAAUUAAAGAGAGUCCCCUCACGAGAGCAAUGCGUGAACAACACAUACUCUCAGAGGCUCCCAGGUAG